AAACGAACGAACAAACGAGCGAAUCUCCUUCACCGCUGGUGCGGCGCUGGGUCGGUCAUGAUGUUUUCAUCUUCUUCCCGGCGGAGCUAGACCACCGCCAUUCACAGUCCGAGGGCGGCCCCGAUCGCUUCGUCGAGCUCUCGAGCGCCGUCUGCCGCCGCCGCCGCCGUCGCGUUGCUGCCGUUCCGCUUUUGUUUCGUCGUCAUCAUCCGUCACCGCACCGGUUGAAUUGCUCCCCUCCCUUUUCACCCUUGAACGGGGGUUUCUUCUGUCCAUCGCCAACCGCGGUCGGCCACCGUCGCCGCCGAGGGGCCAUUCCGCCCGCAGUGCGCUAGCUCAAGUUUCGUUCUAUUAGCCGCACACACCUUCCGCCUUCCUUGUUGCCGAUCUCGGUACUGUACGUGCUGCUGCUGCUACUGCUGCUGCUGCUGGACCGGCUAAGUCCAAGUGACAAAGUGUUACCCCACCCACAGACGGGGUGGCUGCUGGUGUUGUGGUAGUCUGUGUGCCGUUUCCGUGUUCCAUGUGCUCUCCGUGUGUCGAGCUUUGUCGUCGAUUUUAAUAAUUCUACUUCACGGCUUAUUUUUUUUGCGCGACAAAAGAAUCCGCUGCCGCGCCUCUCUAGCUGCGUCUGUGUGUGUCUAUGAGUGUGUGUAGGAGCUGUCCAGUGAGAUCCAUUCAUCCAUAUCUCCCAGCACAAACCCCACAUCUCACGCACGUCUAACUGUGCCGGAGCUAACUGUGCCCUAGCGGUAGCCUCUGGUCAGGCCGUGUGUGUGCAGUGCAUAUUAUCACCUAGUUUGUUACGCACCGAGCGACUCGCAUUUCGUUUUAUCACAACGCACACUGCCACUAAAAAAGUCCCUCAGGAAGCAGGACCUGGAGCGUUUACUACGUCAGAGAAAAUCGAUUGUCAAGGAUACGUCAAAGGAGAAGUGUAGCGCGCGGUUGUACCGCAGUGUGUAACAUAGCAAACACGGCCAACCGGAAACGAACGAUCAGUUGAACGGAGUGCAUCCAGCGGAUCAGCAGCGCCGUAUGUCACCGAAUAAACCAAGUGCUAAGUGACCACCACCGCCCCGCUUUCGUUGUCGGGGACGCAGCGGAAGUGCAAAUCGUCUUUCACCUCAAUCGGCCGCAGUGACGGGUUGGCUACCACAUCUGGGGAAGAACGUAAACAAUCAAGAGAGAAGCCUGCCGACGACAACGACGACGGUGUCUACGAUGGCGACGCUAAUGGAGGGAAUAAUUAUGGCGACGAUGAAUGUCUUCCUCAACAGCCUCACGCUGCAGGUGCUGGUGGCGCUUCUCGUUGGCAGCUUGCUGUCGACCACCUUCAAGUAUCACGCGAAACUGUUCAUCAUCCUGCUGAUGUCAUUCCUGGUGCUGGUCGUGCCGAUUCCACUGUUCCUGUUCAAGCCCCGCUGGCCACUGAAUGCGCUCGUCCCGGGCAUCGUCGCGUGUCUGUUCAUCCGAGCCUUCGGCGUGGAGUAUGAAAUCCGCGGCCAGGAGCACAUAAAUGUUCGAAACGGUGGCGUGGUGCUGCUCAAUCAUCAAAGUGCAAUCGAUAUAGUGAUGUUGUCGCGGCUGUUGCGUGAGUUCCGGAACAUAGUGCCGGUGGUGAAGAAGGAGCUGUUCUACGUGCUACCGUUCGGUAUUGCCUCGUAUCUCGUGGGAGUCGUAUUUAUCGAUCGCCAGAACUCGGCCUCGGCGAAGGACGUGAUGAAGCGGGAAGCGGUCGCCAUUACCAAAGACCAUCUCAAGCUGGCCAUUUUCCCCGAGGGUACGCGGCACGAUAAUGAUACGCUGCUGCCGUUCAAGAAGGGAGCGUUCCACGUGGCCGUCGAUGCCCAAUCCGUCAUACAGCCGGUGGUGGUGUCCAAGUAUCACUUUCUCGAUCACAAACGGAAACUGUUUGGACGGGGGCGCGUGAUCGUGAACAUUCUGCCCGAGAUACCGACGAAAGGUAUGACGAAGGCGGACGUGAACGCCCUCACGGAACGGUGCCAGAAGUUGAUGCAGUCGGAGUUCGAUACGCUGAGCGCGGAAGCCAAGCAGUACUGCCAUGCCUCAUAAGCUGGAGGAUCCCACGGGCCGAACACAAAACACCAUUUACCAUGCCAGAAGACGUAGAAGCAAUACACGCAUCACUCGCAAACUAGAGGACGGGACCAGCCGUAGAGGGGUGGGGCAGUGUAGAAACACCGACACCGAGCAUACGAGCAUGUAGAAAUCGAAAAUAUUUCGAAUGUACGAUCGCAUUAAUCCUAGCGGCAAUGGUGUGAUCAGUCUGUGAUCAUCUCUGGUGUGACCAUAUCGAACGCCGGUGCACGUUAAGAUUGCCAUGAAGGCACCAUGUCGAACCGUAGACUCUUCGCCAUCCAUUAUUAGUCACCAAUUGAAGCCAAACGAAAGCAUUAAUCCUUGAUAUGAUCGGUAAACGUUCGCCAUCUUGUUGAUAGUCGAAAUGCGAGGCAACCGUCUCGUCCUGUACCCUUUCGAAUCCUUUAGCAGACAAACACAGACACACACACACACACACACACACACACACACACACACUCCUAUACACUACUCGUACUGUUGUACCUGAGUACUUUCACUGUGAGCGAUGAUCAAUCGGAAACAAAGAUGAACAAGAAAGAGAGAAUUGCUGGAGCAAAACAUCUUUAAGAUGGUGGGGAUUGAAGGAAUUUAAAAUUGUGCAAAAGAACGAUUGAAUGAGAAAUUCCUAAACCAAGAAAACCAAGAGAGAAAAAACAAAAAAAACAAAAGAACCUAAACGCUUUACUGAAGGAUUUAACCGCAAGCCUUCGCACAGGAGGCUCAAACACUGUGUGCCGGGGACUUUACUUAGGAGUGCAUUAGCAAGUAGUAGAAACACUCUUUUGGGUUGUUUGUGUGGUGGGUAGAGAGAGAGAGAGAGAGAAACAAAAGUUAAACAAACCGUAAAAACAGGGCAAACAUCAAAUGGGGGGAUGGGAGGAUGGGGGGGCGCCUAAAAUCUUGUAACAUACAAAUCGUAGCACCACACCCUUGGUUUGGUAUCCUCGAUUGGUUUCGUCGAAUAGUUAGGAGGAUGAGAGUAGUUUGAAAAAAGAAAAAUCGAUAAAAUCAGCUUACUCCCGUGUGCUGCACCAGAUGUCAAUAUCACUUAAUUGGAAGGACGACCGAAGAAAACGAGAAGAGAAUGGAGGCAAAAAACGCUGUUUAGGGUGGUGUAUUUCGUUUUUGGUGAAAAUAAAACCCGUAGAAGCGGUAGUUGUAGGUAAAACA